AUGCCCGAGAAGAUAGUGUUCUACAAGUAUGGGCAGAGCCCGUUCGGUCAGCGAGUCGCCAUCGCCUUCCUCGAAGCGCAAAUCCCCCACGAGUCCUGCGAAGUUGAUGUGUGGAAUAAGCCAACGUGGUUUGUCGAGAAGGUCAACACCAUAGGCAAGAUCCCCGCUAUCACGUACGGUAGUCCCUCCGUCCCGCACGAUCAGCCCUCCGUCGAUGCAUUCAAGCUAGGGGAGUCGCUUCUCAUACUCGAGUUCCUCACCGAUCUGUACCCCUCCUCUGGCCUACUUCCCUCUGACCCCGUGCAACGCGCUCAAGCGCGGUUCUUCAUCGACACCGCGGAGAAGCUCCCGCUGGCACUCAUCGGAUGGUUCAUCCAGGGCGCGUCAUGGCAUGGCAUCAUCGACAUGGCCAAUGCGUUGCAGGCUCUCCUUCCCCAACCAAGCAAAUUCGCGGUCGGUGACAACCUGACGAUCGCAGACAUCGCAAUUAUGCCAUUUUUCGCGUUGUUGAGGCUAGUGUACGAGAAUGGGAUCGGAGCGUAUCCUGCUAAACAGGCGCAGGAGCUUAAAUGGGCACUUGAAGCCCCUGAGUUGGCCAGAUUCAAGGCGUACGUGGAUAACCUACUCGCACGUCCAAGCAUGAGGGCUGUAUUUGAUGAGGAAGCCACGAAGGAGUAUCUUCGAAACAUGGUCGCCAUGAGUUUGAAGCCAUAG